CACAAUCUGACGGCCGACAGCUGACAUUUGGACACCAAUGGGUUAUGGUGCAGACUGUGGUUAUGUUUUGAAAUAGUGGCGACAGUAACAAGUGGAUUUUGUUAAAAUGUUACGACGGGCCGUGGAGAAGUCAAUAAGAGUGUACUCAGUUCAACUUCGGCAACUAUCAGCAAAUGCUGCCGUCAAAGAAAAAUGGGAUCUUCACGCUGGAGUCCUUGUCGAACGCCAUCCCAUCUUAACCAAACCACUCAACGAGAUCGAAACCAAAUUUCAGGCGAUGCAGUCUCAAAUUGAGUUUGAGAACAGCUUAAAAUCUGAUUUCGAAUUACGUCACGAGAAGGAUUUGAUCCUAGCCGAGAAAAUCAAAAAGGGUCAAAUGGAAGUCGAUCUGGACGACACUAGUGCAAAACAAACCGCACAAGAUCUGAAGGACGCCUACGUUGAAGAAUUGAAAAAGUUCCAACUUGCCCCAAGAACAACAGAAGCAGAUAAAAAGAAGGACAAACAAGCAACCAACAGGGAUCUGGAGGAUAUAUUAUACCUACUCGUAGACCAAAAAUUGGGUGAUAAAUCCCAUAUGAUUCUCCCACAAGGCCAAUGGCAAACAGGCGAAACAUUACGGCAAACUGCAGAGCGGGUCCUGAAGGAGAAAUGUGGUGAGAAUAUUGAAGUUAUGUUUUAUGGGAAUGCACCCUGCGGAUUUUUCAAAUAUAAGUAUCCUGCCGCCCAGAGGAAAGACUCAGUAGGCGUGAAAAUAUUUUUCUUCCGAUCAGCACUGAAGUCCGGGAAUGUAGAUAAAAAGAUUGCGAAAAAAUUCGAGUGGCUAGACAAGAACGAACUAGGAGGAAAAUUGAAAAGGGAAUAUGCAGAAAGUGUGCAGCAAUUUUUAAUUUAAGAAAGCUGUAAAUUAUGAGAAAAUAAAAUAUAUAGUCUAGUCUAAA